AUGCCCCCAGCUCAGCCGUCCCGUCUGUCUCAGCUUCAGCCGUCCCCUCUGCCCCUAGUGCUUCCACUGCCCCUAGCGUUUCCUCUGUUCCCUCUGUUUCCUCCCAGCCCUGCUAAUUCUUGGAUCCGCCCAGCACAGCCUUCUUCCCACUCCGACUCAGGCUCGGACUCUGACUGGUCCGACUCCGAACCUGCGCCCAAGCCUGUGCCCAUCCGAGCCUGGAGGGCAGGCAUGGCGAGCGCAGCACUGGCUCCUGCGCCUGCCGCCUCUCCUCCCCCACAAACUGCAGCGGCUGCUGAUGUGGCGCAAGUUGCUGAUGUGGUGCAACCUGUGGACAUGAAGCACGCAGCUGAGGUCAAAGCAGGUGACAAGUCAGAAUUACCUGCUGGUGGUGAUGAUGCGAUUGCUGAUAAGGAACAACCAUCUUCUCCAGAGGGGUCAGCCACCAGCAUCAAAGAUGCUGCUGAUGUGGCAGCUGAGGUGGAUGCUGAUGUGGCAGCUGAGGUGGCUCUGGAUGCAGCUGGAGGUGCUAGUUUGCUGCUGGCAAGUGAGUUGGUUGCACCUGUGCUGCAGACGAGAGGAGAGGCCGAGGAGGUGGAAGCAGAACAGGAGAAAGCAGAUGUAUUUUCGGGACCAGAUUCUGAACCUGACUCUGAUUCUGACGUGGCUGCUGAUGUGUCUGUUGACAUGGCUGCUGAUGUGUCUGUUGACAUGGCUGCUGAUGUGUCUGUUGACAUGGCUGCUGAUGUGUCUGUUGACAUGGCUGCUGAUGUGUCUGUUGGCGUGGCGGCUGAUGUGGCUGCUGACAUGGCUCUGCGAGUGCCUGGAGGACCAGACUCUGAGGUUGACUCUGCACCAGAAGCUGAUGUGGCUGCUGACGUGGCUCUGCAUGCGUCUGACUGUGAAGCUUCAGCUCUGCCAUCGCCACCAGGAUCAAACUCUGACGUUGACUCUGCACCGGAACAAGAGAGGGUGGAGGAAGAGACAAGGAAGUGGGAGGAGGAAGAGACAAGGAGUGAGGAAGCAAGAGAGGGAGGAGGAAGAGACAGGAGUGAGGAUGUAGAGAAAGAGGAGGAAGAGAGGGGGAGUGAGAAAGCAGAGAGUGCGGAGGAAGAUGGGGGUAGUGAUGAUAAAGCAAGGCUGCAGGACGUUGAAGUAGAGGCUGUAGUGAUGGGUGGGGCGGCAGUUGUGGCUGUCGCGGUGCUUGCAGGGGUGGAUGGGGCGGCAGCGGACGAGGAGGGUGAGGGGAUGCUGGGAGCAGUGGAGGGCAGGGAGCUGUUGGGGGCGGAGGAGGGAGAGGAGAGUGAGGAGGGUAAGGAGAGUGAAGAAGCUGGGGAGAGUGAGGAGAGUGAGGAAGCUAAAGAGGUGAAGGAGGCUAAGGAGGAGCAUGAGGAGGCCGAGUCACAUCUGAUGAUGGCUGAGUCACGCUCUUAUGAUGCUGAGUCACAUUCGGAUGCUGAGUCACGCUCUGAUGCUGAGUCACGCUCUGAUGCUGAGUCACCUGGGGAUGAAGCAGCUGCUCCUCUCAGUGCUACCUCCUCUCCUGUCUCUGCCACUCCCACCCAAGUGGACUCACCUGCUCGUUUGAAACACCUGCCGCACCUGAUUCACCUGCAGCAUCUGAAACACCUGCUCCACCUGAUUCGCCUGCCACACUUGAUUCCCCUGCCGCACCUGAUUCCCCUGCCGCACCUGAUUCCCCUGCCGCACCUGAUUCACCUGCCGCACCUGAUUCACCUGCCGUCACCUGAUUCCCCUGCCGCACCUGAUUCCCCUGCCAGAGCUGAACUAGCUGCUUCUUUCGGCUCUGCCUCCCCUCCUGCCUCUGAUACCCAGUCGGUGGCCUCAAGGUUUGAACCAGCUGCUUCUUUGAGCCAUGCCUCCUCUCUGGCCUCUGCCACCCAGUUGGUGGCUCAGCGUGAGAGCGAGGAGGAGAGGCAAGAGGAGGAAAUGGCGUGGAAAGAGGAGGAAGGGGAAAAGGAGGCGGAGGAAAGUGAGUGGGGGGAGGAGGAAAGUGAAAGGGCGGAGGAGGAAGAGGAGUUGGAAGAGGAGGAAGAGACGGUGGAGGAAGAGGAGAGGGGAGAGGAGACGGAAGAUGGGAAAAAGGAGAAGGCGGAAGAGGAGGAGAGCAGAGUGGAGGUGGGAGAGGAGGAGAAGGAGAAGCAGGAAGAUGUGUUAGUGGCAGAGGAAGGAUUGGGAGAAGAUGGAGACUUUGAGAGAGAGAGCAUGAAUGGAGAGGCUCAACAUCCCACCACAGCCAUAACCGUCAAGCCACGUGCCUCAGAUUCAUGGAUGAAAAAGCAGCAGACCCACUCCUCCGAUUCAGGCUCGGACUCUGACUGGUCCGACUCCGAACCUGCGCCGAAGCCUGUGCCCAUCCGAGCCUGGAGGCCAGGUGCGGGGAGUGGUGUAGCGUCAGUGGCGGCUGCGCCUGCCGCGUCUCCUGCUGCCCAGCCAGCAGUGGUGGGGCGACUGCGAAGUGACUUCCUCAACCGCUUCCAGCAGCAGCAGCAGCAGCAGCAGCAGCAGAUGGAGGGAGAAGGGAAGAGAGAGGGAGAGGAUGCGACAAUACUGGAGGUGAAGGACGAGGGUGUGUCAACAGCGGAAGAUCAUGAGGGAGAGGAAGUGAUAGUGACAGAGAGUGAGGAGGACAGAGGCGAUGGUGAGGAGGAGAGAGCGGUCAAGGAAGAGGGAGUGGAAGCGAGAGAGGGAGAGGGAGUGGAAGCAACAGAGGAAGAGGGAGAGGAAGUGGGUGCGAUCGAGGGUGUGGGGGGUAAGGAAGCAAGGAUGGACGAGGAAGAGAGGGUGGAAGAGGGUAAGGAAGAGAGAGUGGAAGAGGGUAGGGUCGAGAGGGUGGAAGAGGGUAGGGACGAGAGAUUGGAAGAGGAUAAGGAAGAGAGAGUGGAAGAGGGUAAGGAAGAGAGAGUGGAAGAGGGUAAGGAAGAGAGAGUGGAAGAGGGUAAGGAAGAGAGAGUGGAAGAGGAUAAGGAAGAGAGAGUGGAAGAGGGUAGGGACGAGAGAGUGGAAGAGGAUAAGGAAGAGAGAGUGGAAGAGGGUAAGGAAGAGAGAGUGGAAGAGGGUAAGGAAGAGAGAGUGGAAGAGGGUAAGGAAGAGAGAGUGGAAGAGGGUAAGGAAGAGAGAGUGGAAGAGGGUAAGGAAGAGAGAGUGGAAGAGGGUAAGGAAGAGAGAGUGGAAGAGGGUAAGGAAGAGAGAGUGGAAGAGGGUAAGGAAGAGAGAGUGGAAGAGGGUAAGGAAGAGAGAGUGGAAGAGGGUAAGGAAGAGAGAGUGGAAGAGGGUAAGGAAGAGAGAGUGGAAGAGGGUAAGGAAGAGAGAGUGGAAGAGGGUAAGGAAGAGAGAGUGGAAGAGGGUAAGGAAGAGAGAGUGGAAGAGGGUAAGGAAGAGAGAGUGGAAGAGGGUAAGGAGAGAGUGGAAGAGGGUAAGGAAGAGAGAGUGGAAGAGGAAGAGAAAGUGGAAGAGGGUAAGGAGGAGAGUACAGAAGAGGCUGGGUAUGAGCGAGUGGAAGAGGAUAGUGAGGUAGUGGCAGCGAGUAAGGAGGAGAGGAUGGACGAGGAAGAGAGAGUGGAAGAGGGUAAGGAGGAGAGGAUGGAAGAGAUGCAGGAAGAGGCUAAGGAAGAAAGAGAGGAAGAGGGUAACGAAGAGACCAAGGAAGAGGGUAAGGAAGAGAUGAAGGAAGAAAGAGAGGAAGGUGGUAAUGAAGAGACUAAGGAAGACAGUAAGGAAGAGAUGAAGGAAGGAGAGGAAGAGGCUAAGGAGGAAAUCAAGGGAGAUGGUAUCUUGGUUGUCUCUUCUCCACCCCCACUCGCCUCCCCCCAGCCUCCCACCCUCCUCGCUUCACCUCAAAUUCCCCCACCUCCCGUUACCAUCAAGCCCCGCGCUGCUGACUCAUGGAUGAGGCGACCCAAUCAGGCUGACUCUGACUCAGCCUCGGACUCUGACUGGUCCGACUCCGAACCUGCGCCCAAGCCUGUGCCCAUCCGAGCCUGGAGAGCAGGUGCGGCGAGUGGUGUGGCGGCAGUAGCACCUGCGCCUGCCGCCUCUCCUCCCCCACAAACUGGCCCCGUGGGACGACUGCGGAGUGACUUCCUCAACCGCUUCCAGCAGCAGCACCAGCAGCAGGAGCAGGAGCAGCAGCAGCAGGAGCAACCCUCGGUGCCACCCAUUAGAGAGGGAGAGGGGGCAGAGACGGUGCAAGAGGAAGAGGUGCAGUCAGGUGAAUUUUCAGGUGGAGAGGUGUUACAAGGCUACCUGGUUCCGGCUGACGUGGCAUCAGACCCAUCCACUCCUGUGCCAGCUGACGUGGCAUCAGGCCCAUCCACUCCUGUGCCAGCUGACGUGGCAUCAGGUCCAUCCACUUCUGUACCAGCUGAUAUGGCAGCAGAUGCACCGUCAUUACCUGAACCAUCUGUUGAUCCAACAAUCGUCUCCUCCUCUCAGCCACUUUCCUCCCCUCAGCCUUCUACUCCUCCUCACCGCACAGCACCUGCCGUUACCAUCAAGCCUUGCGCUGCAGACUCAUGGAUGAAGCGACCCAAUCAGGACUCUGACUCAGGCUCGGACUCUGAUUGGUCCGAUUCCGAACCUGCGCCCAAGCCCGUGCCCAUCCGAGCCUGGAGGCCAGGCAUGGCAAGCGCAGCGGCAGCAGCACCGACCCCUGCAUCUGCCGCCUCUCCUACUGCAGCAGCACCGGCUCCUACCCAAACUGCAGCAGUGGGGCGACUGCGGAGUGACUUCCUCAACCGCUUCCAGCAGCAGCCUGAGCAACUCCCUGUGCCUCCUUUCAGAUCUUCACAGCAGCAGCAUCAGCAGCUGUUGGCCGUGUCUCCUGCUAUGGCUGCUGCGGCCUUAGCUGCCACAGCACCUGCUGUCUCGGUGCCCGUGGAACAGGGAGAGGUAGAACAGGGAGAGGGCGUCAUUAGCAAGGUAGAGGAGGAGGGGGGUGAGUUUGAAGGCAGAGUAGAGGGUGGGGGGAGCAUGAGAGCAGAGGGUGUGGAAUCUGCGGCUGCUGAAGGUCCGCUGGCUGAUGCUGUGGGGGAGUUCUCUGCUGAGGUGGCAUCAGAAACUCCUGCUGACGUGGCAGUGGAAGCAACGGCUGAUGUGGCCACGGAAGCACCUGCUGAUGUGGCAGCGGAAGCACCUGUUGACAUGGCAGCGGAAGCACCUGCUGACGUGACAGCGGAAGCGGCUGCUGACGUGGCAUCGGGUGCGGCUGCUGACGUGGCAUCGGGAGCGGCUGCUGAAGUGGCAUCGAAAGCACUUGCUGAGGUGGAGGAGCAGGAGAAUGAGGCAUGGGAGGAAGAGAAGGGGGAAGAGGGUGGAGAAGGAGGAGAGGAGGAAAACGAGGAGGAUGAAAAAGAAGAGGAAGAAACGAAAGAAACAAAGGAGGAAGAAUUGGAGAAUGAGGAGGCGGAGGUAGAGGAGGGUGCAGAAGGUGGGGAGGCUGCGGAGGGGGAGGAGGGUGCAGGGGAAGAGGAGGAAGGAGGGAGUGAGGCAGGAGAGGAAUCCACUGAGGAGGUGACUGUAGAAGUGACAGAGGAAUAUGAGGAGGUGACUGUAGAGGAAACGGAGGAGUAUGAAGAAGUGACAGUCGAAGUGACAGAGGAAUAUGAGGAAGUGACUGUAGAAGUGGAAGAAACGGGAGAAUAUGAGGAGGUGACUGUAGAAGUGGAAGAAACGGGAGAAUACGAGGAGGUGACUGUAGAAGAAACGGCGGAAUACGAGGAGGUAACUGUAGAGGUAACAGAAGAAUACACUGAAGAGGAAGUUACUGUAGAAGUUACAGAGGAGUAUACAGAAGAGGAGGUUACUGUAGAGGUUACAGAGGAAGUCACAGACGAGGAUAAAUCAGAGGAGGUGGCAGAGGAGGGAGCAGGUGCAGCAGGUGGAAAAGAAGGAGAAAGCGCAGAGGGACAAGAUUCGGAAGGGGAGCAACAGGAGGAAGAGCAGGAGGAGGAACAGGAGGAGGAGCAGGAGGAGGAGUAUGAAGAGUAUGAGGAGCAGGAAGAGGAAGAAGAGGAAGAGGAGGAGGAAGAGGAGGAGGAGGAGGCAAGUGAAAAAGAGAGCACAAACAGCAGCCCGAGGAGCAAGCCAGAGGAGAAGGAAGAGGAGGAGGACGAGGAAGCGAGGAUAAAGCGGCAGGAGCAGGAGGAGAGGAACGCGGAGGAGCAGCGGGCGCUGCGGCUGCGUGUGGCGAGCAUGAAGCGGUUCAAUGCGGUGCUGGGGGAGCUCAGAUUCCGCCAGGGCAUCCGCGAGGAGGGGGAGGGGGAGGGCGGCACAGGGGGAGGCGGAGGGGGAGGAGCAGGGGCGGGUGAGGGGAGCGGGACGGGCGCGUCUGGGACAGGAGGUGGAGGUGUUGUGGGGCAAGCGGGGGGAGCAGCAGCAGGAGUGGCUCCUAUUGCGCUUCCGGCCAUGGCAGGUGCUGCUGGUCGCCAGCAGCCCAAUCCUCACAGUCCGGGCAAGCGAUCGCGGAUGCUGUCGCUGGUGGCGUCACAGGGCCUGCACGUGCCGGCCAGUGCAGUGACUCGCGAGAUCAUGGGGCUCACAGGGGGGAGUGCUGGCUGGGGGCGAGCCGCACGUUCACAGAUGCUCUCUCUGGUGGCGUCACAGGGCCUGCAUGUGCCGGCCAGUGCAAUGACUCGAGAGAUCAUGGGACUCACAGGAGGGAGUGCUGGUGCUGCUGAUACCUGUUAA